AAUCAGUUAGUCUAACCCCGCUAAUUGGAUGUCUUAUCACCGUGGGAAGAAGCCGGAGUAGCCUCAAAGAAAACAUGCAAACUCUAUAUAAAAGGAACCCGACCUGAGUCGAACUCAGGAACUCACAAACACACACGGGAGUUCACGGUGCAUUCACGUAUCAUGCGGCGCUAGGGUUAGAGAGCUAGCCAUACAAAGAGAAUAAUUGAUGUUGAUUUAACUGAAUCCAUGAUGAACUUUGACGGUCUUGACCCUGGGAUGGGUGAAUACUCAGCCAGCCUUCAUGGAACUCUAGAUGCAGGCCUGGAACCCUCCAUGGACCCACACCUAAACCCAAAACUACUCCAGGGUGUGGAGCUAUACCCAGAGGGACAGGCUGUGACCGUCCCGGAGCCUGUACACCUGAUGGAGGGGAUCUUUUCUGAGCUGCACAGUGUAGUUUCAGAAGUUGGCAUCCCUGUCACUGCAACACAUUUUGACCUGCAGGAGGAAAUGCUCUGGAUGGGAAACCACAGAGGUCAUGUAACAUCAUUCUUUGGACCAACAAUGGCACGCUACUCUUCUUUCCAAGUCCACGCAACCGAUGACAUCCGACAUAUUCAGAGUUUGGAAACAGGCGUGCUGUUCCUCUCUAAAUGCAACCUGAGAUGUUACACUCGUGGAGGUCUCGUCAUGUUUGAUUAUCCGAUGGAGGAAGGAGCUGAUAUGCACAGCCUCCUCAUGACUGAUAACAACACACUGCUCAUGGGUGGAUUGCAAAACUAUGUGGCUGAAGUUGACCUGAAUACAGUCCAAGAAACUCAAAAAUUCACAGUGGAGGUACCUGGAGUGGCAAUAAUGCGUCAGACCAAUCGUUUCUUCUUCUGUGGACACACUUCUGGCAAAGUGACCCUUCGUGACUUGCGUACCUUUAAGAUGGAGCAUGAGUUUGAUGCAUUUUCUGGCAGCUUGUCAGACUUUGAUGUUCACGGAAACCUUCUGGCUGCAUGUGGAUUCUCCAGCCGAGGCCUGAAUGGGUUGGCAUGUGACCGUUUCCUCAUGGUGUAUGACCUCCGCAUGAUGCGUGCUGUAACCCCCCUUCAGGUGCAUGUGGAUCCCCUCUUCUUGCGCUUCAUUCCUACCUACACGUCACGGCUUGCAAUCCUCUCACAGACAGGUCAGUGCCAGUUCUGUGAGCCCACCGGCCUUGCCAACAUGGCAGAUAUUUUUCACGUCAACACAGUGGGCCAGUUGCUCAUGAGUUUUGACGUGUCAACAAGCAAACAAGCCUUAGCCUUUGGGGAUUCAGGGGGAUGUGUGCACCUUUGGUCCGAUGCUCCAGAAGUUUCAUUCAACGACUACUCACGGGAGACGGAAUUUGCCCUGCCCUGCCUCGUGGACACACUGCCUCAGCUGGACUGGAAUCACGACCUACUGCCCCUCUCUCUGAUCCCCAUGCCGCUGACGAGCACUGAGCCUCUGCUGUCAGACUGGCCCACUGCCCUGGCUACACCCAGCCCCAGACGAGCCCCUCCGGUGGACCCAGAAAUCCUCCGCACUAUGAAAACUGUUGGCUUCAUUGGUUACGCAGCAAAUCCUCGUACCCGCCCCAGGAACCAGGUUCCUUAUAAGAUUAAAGAUGUGGAGCCUGAUUAUGAUAAUUACAACCAGGUCCCUGAGUCACCAAUAGGACGUGAUGAAGAGCCACAUCUUUACAUGGUGCCCAAAAAGUAUAGAAAGGUCACAAUUAAAUACUCUAAACUUGGAUUGGAGGACUUUGACUUCAAACAUUACAACAGGACCUUGUUUGCUGGCCUGGAGCCACACAUUCCCAAUGCCUACUGUAACUGCAUGAUCCAGGUGUUAUAUUUCCUGGAGCCGAUUCGCUGCCUUGUUCAGAAUCAUUUGUGCCAGAAAGAGUUUUGUUUGGCCUGUGAGCUUGGCUUCCUCUUUCACAUGUUAGAUUUGUCACGAGGAGAUCCAUGUCAGGCCAGUAACUUCCUCAGAGCAUUUCGAACCAUCCCUGAAGCCUCGGCGUUGGGCCUGAUCCUCUCAGACUCGGACGAGCAAACAGGGAAGGCUAGGCUUGGUCGCUUAAUCCAAAGUUGGAAUCGUUUCAUCCUCACCCAGCUUCACCAGGAGACACAGGAGCAGGAGGGUCCGCAAGCCUACAGAGGUGCUAGCAGCAGUUGUCUGGGCUCCUCUGGUGAGUCUGUCAUUGGAAAGCUGUUUGGUUGUGAAGUUGAGAACAGUAGUUUGUGUCGCUGUGGCAAAGAAACGGUCCGCUCCUCCCUCACGCUGCUCUUCACCAUGCAUUACCCCGAGCAGAACACUCAAGAAAAAACAAUAAAGGAGUAUGACUUUGCUGAGAUCCUGAAGAAAAGCAUCUGCCUGGAGCAGAGCACUCAGGCAUGGUGUGAAAACUGUGAGAAGUAUCAGCCCACAGUGCAGACACGAAACAUUCGAUGUCUACCAGAUGUUUUGGUGAUAAACUGUGAGGUGAACAGUGCUAAAGAGGCUGAAUUCUGGAAGGUUCAGGCCGAGUAUGCUUUCAAUAAAGCCAAGCAGAAAGAGAAACCAGCAAAACCUAAAGAACCACCUCCCAUGCCCACUGAGUGGUGCUUAGAUGGGGAGGAGAUUUGCGGUAUGGAGGGCAUCACCUUUGACACUCGCACAGAGGAUCUGCGGCACAUCUGGAUCCCCGCCACUCUCAAGAUGUCCAUCAGCAAAAGUCAAGGACUAGAGAUCAGCAGGUGGUCUGAGACCGAGGAGUUAAGUGCUGCUGAAGAGGCGGAGGGAGCUUCUCUGUAUGACUUGGUGGUCACGGUGCCGCACAUCCUGGAUGCUCGCACGGGUGGUAAUCUGGUUGCACACAUUAAAGUGGGUGAGACCUACCAUCAAAGAAAAGAGGGAGUCACACACCAGCAGUGGUACCUUUUCAAUGACUUCCUCAUUGAACCGAUUGAUAAAACUGAGGCUGCACAGUUUGAUGUGAGCUGGAAAGUGCCAGCCAUUCUGUAUUACGCUAGGAGAAACUACCACACCAAAUACGACCUCCGCAUUAAAAAUCCCAUAGAUGCUAGCGUGCUGCUCACAGAGGCGUCACUGGCUCGGAAGCAGAGGAAGACACAUGCCACUUUUAUCCCUCUCAUGGUCAGUGAGAUGCCGCAGGCUGGUGAUCUGGUGGGGCUGGACGCUGAGUUUGUAACACUCAAUCAGGAAGAAGCAGAGCUACGCAGUGAUGGCACCAAAUCAACCAUUAAGCCCAGUCAAAUGUCUGUGGCCAGGAUCACCUGUGUGAGGGGUCAGGGGCCCAACGAGGGGGUCCCCUUCAUCGAUGACUACAUCUCCACUCAGGAGCAGGUGGUCGACUAUUUGACACAAUACUCUGGCAUCAAACCUGGAGACCUGGAUGCCAAAAUAUCCUCUAAGCAUCUGACCACUCUGAAGUCAACCUACCUAAAGUUGCGCUUCCUCAUUGACACAGGAGUUCGCUUUGUAGGUCACGGCCUACAGAAAGACUUUCGUGUCAUCAACUUACUGGUUCCAAAAGAUCAAGUUGUUGAUACUGUCCAUCUCUUCCAUUUGCCCCGCAAGAGGAUGAUUUCUCUUAGAUUUCUUGCCUGGUAUUUUCUCGACCUCAACAUCCAGGGGGAAACCCAUGACAGCAUAGAGGAUGCACGCACUGCCCUGCAGCUGUACAGGAAGUACCUGGAGCUGAGUCAUGGCGGCGGGAAUGAUGAAGUGAGGAAGGUCCUCAAGGGACUCUAUGAAAAAGGGCGCCAACUGGACUGGAAAGUCCCGGAAUCGGACACAGGAGAUGGUCAAGGUAGCCCAAAAAGUGCUGCUGUGUUUCCCUCUGUGAUGGGGCUGUGAGCAACACCGUGACCGGGAGAUUCUCUUGCUUAUUUUCUUCAGAUGUGUCACAUUUUAUACUCGUUUGCUUUGUGUACAGUUUUCAUGCAGGUAUGUCUGCAUCUGUAAACAGACUGAGUCAGUGACUGAUCAUUUUUAGUCAUGAAUAAAUUUGGGCUUUUUAGGUCAAAGAUUUUCAGAAAAAAUUGGUUUGUAUUUUAUCUUUUUGAAACAUUAAAUAAAAAAGAUUUUUGUUGCUGUAAACGAACGCAUCCUGAGCGUGUAAGAUGCUUUUUUUAUACCGGGAAGUGGGAAAUGUACCGUAGUUUUUGGGUCAUAAGCCGCUACUUUUUCCCCACACUGUGAACACUGCGGCUUAUACUGACGUGCGGCUAAUGCAUUUUUCUUUUUUCAUGCGGCCAAAAACAUUUUGCCUGGUAACAGUAGACCAAUCAAAUUGAUAAGUAGUAUAUAUACGGUAUAUAUUUUUACCGGUUGUUAAGAGACAUUGUAAUGUUGUUUGUGCACUGUUCCGUAAAAAAACCAUAAGCAACGUAAUUUGUGUGUUACUGAUACGUACGUAUACUUAAAGGUAGCCGUGUUACAGGCGCUGUUCGAGGAAAAAAAGCAUUUGCAGUAUGUAUUUUUGUAUGUUACCUUACGGAUUAAAUUAAACUUUAAAAAUCCUCACAUGUAAUAUUUCUGUGUAAAUAUCUUUUAUUACAAGUGAAUUAAAAUCCGGUGCGGCCUGUACAAGUAUGAAAUUGAUUUUCUUUCUAAAAUUAGAGCAUGCGGCUUUUAAUCAGGUGCGCUCUGUAGUCCGGGAAUUACGGUACAUGAAUACUUGUCAAUCUUGAUUAAAAUCGAAUAACCCAAACUCUGUGACUGUUCAGAGAAAUCUAUUUACAUCUAACAAUGACUUUAGUUUGGUCUUUUCCCUAUCCUUCUGUGAAAUCUGCUAUCAUUGUUAAUUUUCCAGGUAACUUCUGGAAAAUAAUUUAAAUGAUUUCUUACAAAUCUCAAUGCAGAACUAUUUUUUCUUUUCCUGUUUUAGUACAGUUUGUUCUGCUAAAGUAUGAAAAAAUGUAUUCAAAUGCAACUGUGACCAGAGAGCAUUUCCAAACACAAUGGAUCACUGAAGUUAGUCAAUACCAAUAAGCUAAAACUACAUUACAUCACAUCUGGUCCCUCCAGCUUUUUGUCUGGAUUUGUCAGAAUUAGCUGUGAUUUAAAUAAAGUGAAGUUUCAUUGCCUUUGUUCCCUCAUGCAGAAAAAAACAAAAAGGGUACCCUGUCUAGUUGGACUCCUUUUCAAGUUUCAGACGUGUGUUGUGUUAGCUGAUCCACUACAGAAACCUCUUCCCUCUAAACUUCUCGUUUUUUAAACAAACCAAGACCUGGAAGCAUCAAAUAUUUUAACAGCAGUUACUGGAAAACUGAUUUGUAGAUUGUUUUUGCUGUUACAUUAAAUUCA